AUGCCUCCACUAACGGAACAGCAUGGUUGGCUCACUUCGCCGGUCGUGGUGUGCGCACCGAUGCGCCUGAUUGCGCUUCCACAACUAGCUGUUGAGGUAUCUGGUGCAGGAGGCUUCGGCUUUAUUGGCGCGGGAAACAAUCUUGACAAGCUCGAUGGCUGGUUACGAGAAGCCGCAAAUCUGGUUAACGACCACUCUAUCCUGAGAAUGCAAUACGAGGCUACCGGAAUUCUGCCUAUUGGCUUUGGUUACUUCAACUGGGCGCCAAGUGAAGACCUGGAGAAGGCAGUAGUUGCAGUAAGAAAAUGGAAGCCUGCAGCAGUGUGGCAAUUCGGUGCUCAUAAUAACGAAGACUAUGCGAACUGGGCUGAGAAAAUACGGCAAGCUAGUGAUGGCAGGACAAAGGUCUGGAUUCAAGUUGGCUCGGUAGCAGAUGCUGUGGAUGUCGCAAGACAUGCCAAGCCUGUCGACGUGCUGGUGGUGCAAGGUACUGAUGCUGGAGGUCAUGGUUUAGAUUCUGGCGCUGGCAUCAUAUCUUUGUUGCCCGAGGUUGCUGAUGCUCUUCACAAUGCUGGAAUGGCUGAUAUCAAGCUUAUUGGAGCAGGUGGCAUCAUGGAUGGCCGGGGCACAGCUGCCGCGUUGAUGCUGGGAGCUGAUGGUGUUUGUCUUGGCACUCGCUUUCUGGCAAGCGAAGAAGCAGCAAUUGCGGAAGGUUAUCGUAAAGAAGUGGUACGAGCCACAGAUGGCGGCGCCAACACGGCACGUACUAAGGUUUACGAUAAACUUCGUGGCACAACAUUGUGGCCGGAGAAGUACAACGCUCGAGGUGUUUUGAACAAAAGCUUCUAUGAUGAUAAAUCAGGAAUGACUUUCGAGGAAAACCAGCGACUUCACGACGAAGCCAUGAAGCAGGGUGACUCAGGCUGGGGCGUUGACGGUCGUAUCACUACUUACGCUGGUACAGGUGUCGGCCUUGUGAAAUCGGUGAUGAAAGCUGAAGAUAUCGUGAAAGAGGUUCCUCUGCGUCGAUUAGCACGACCAAAAUACGCCAGUAUGGCCGAUGGCUCCACACACGAGAUAAAGUAUGAGACAAUCCUCGAUAUUCGCAUCGGGAAAUAUCGUGUGAAAUGGAAGUUCGAGGUGGGUGCGGGAACGCUCGAGCCUCAGGAUAUGCUACUAGGGAUGGAUUGGUUGCAGAAGCUGAAUCCGCAAAUAUCAUUUCGACCUCUUGCUUUAAAGGUGAAUGGCCUCGAUGGUAGAUCUUAUGAGUUGAUUGGUUCGCCAACUCGUGAUUGGUGUGGCACCCACGGAUACGGCCAUACACGAGGACGAGCAGGAGGCCAUGGAGGUACUGGUGCGGGAGGGAUGCGGAUCGGACUCGGCACGGGACCAUAUCAUGGCGGAUGUGGCCAUGGUUCGCCUUUCGGCAUUCAAGGUAUUCCAGUCUUCCGGUCGGUCGAAGUGGGCGGGUGUUCUCCUGCAACGUGUGAUGAAGGCAACAAGAAAGACACGAGGGACAAGGCAUCGUUGAAGGAAGAGGCAAAAUGGGUCAACUGGAAGGACAUCUUUCCGGAUAUGACCUGGCUUCCUUUCACGCCUAAUGAGCAAGACAACAUCACCAAGCAGAAGGUUGAGACCGACGCCAAACACGAGAGCAAGAAACCUUCUGAUAAGCAGGUUCAAAGAGAAGUGGGAGCAGCCGGUCGUGCACCGCAGGCUCAGAGCACAGCAACUAAGGUUGCCAAUACCAAGGGCGAGGGGAAGACGAAGGGCAUCGUGCUUGCUGCGAAAUCAAAAAAUGAGAGGGGAAGAUACGCUCUCUUUCGCUAG